AUGUCGUCCUCUAGUUCUCAAUCUUUCGGCUCAAGUUUCAACUGGGAUUGGCCUCGUCCACAAAUUGUGUACUGUAAGCAUGAUCUUGAGGCUGAGCUCAUGAUAUCUAUGACGGCAGCUAAUCCUGGGCACCGUUAUUAUCGUUGUCCAAUAUGGAAGGAAUAUGAUUGCAGAUUCUUUCGUUGGUUUGAUGCGGGUCUAUCGCCAAGCCAAGACACUUACUUUCAAAGGAUAAAGCUCGAACGAGACAAGUUUGAAGAACAACUCCGAUGCAAGAAUACUGAGGUGUGCGUUCUUGAAGAUAAACUGCGGAUGAAAAGUGACGAAUGUGAAGAGCUGAAGUUAAAGCUGAGCAUGAAGAGUGAGGAGUGUGUACGUCUUAAUGUAGAAGUUGUCAAAACCACCAAAAUGCCUCGAAAUAUGAAUAUUGUAAUAUUGUUGUUAAGUAUUGUAAUUGUUUUCCUAAUGUAA